AACAAAAACAUAUUUUGCCCUAUUAUAAAACAGCCAUGGAAGUCUCUCUGAUCCUAAUCCUAAAAAGAUCACAGCCACCGCUGCCACGCAUCUGUCUCUCUCAUCCUCACUGCCUUCUCUUUUCUCACACCAGAGUUUCCGAUUCUAAGUUUUUGGAUGCAAACACAAAAUCGCAACCCAAAAGCAGUGUGCCACCACAAUCGUUUCAGCCCCGAAUCGAAGAAUUUCCCAACAUAGCAAAACCGUUUCAGCCCCUGAGGAAUAAGAAGCAAGGAUCUACUUAAUAACAUAUUUCACUUUUUCCAUCUCUUUCAUUUCAGUAAUAGAUCGUGGAUAUUCAUAGAAAAAGAAUGAGAACCGAAGUCUUCCAAACAGCUAACAUCUAUCGCCAUCUUCUCAAGGCAGUCAAGAAGCAUAUUGGGAAAGAAGAGAACAAGAGACAUUUUUUAGAAUAUGUAACCUCCGAAUUCCACAAGAACCGAAAUCUGUCUGAUGGUGUGGCUGUCCAACAGAAAAUAAAGCUUGCUCGCGAUUAUGCUUUCCUGCUUAACAGUGUGCACCAUCACAAGGAUUUGCUUUUCUCAUAUAACAUUGCAAUUGAUAGAUCAGAUGAAGUGAAAAGGACACUUGGAAAAUCUGCUGCAAGUGUUGGUCUUCAGCUUCCUGAGGUUUAUCGAUCAUAAUGAUUGGCUGUAUUAAUUUUUGCAUGUACGAAACUUGGCUUUGUACUACCCCAAAGAAGGGUUUUUCAUGCACACUAUUGGUAGUCACCAAAGCAGUUGGUUUUGGUUGAUUGGAAGUUUCUACAGAAUGAAAAUAGUUUUGUAGCUAUUUAUUAAGAUUGAAAAUUUCAAAUAAAAAGAGGAGUAAGCAUCAAAGAGGAUGAAAAAAAACUAUAUUAUGUAUGCCUUAGUUCAUGUUUUUUGUAAUAACAAGAACUAUUGUCAUUGUGUAAUAGACCCUUGUUUCAGGGUUAAUGUAUUUCCAUGUCUCUUCACAGCAACUAAUUUCUUGCUCUUCACGCCCCCUUAACUUCAUAAGGGCAAACAAUGUGUUUUUCAAGAAUAGCUAGAAGUUCAGUUCUUGGCUCAGUUACUGCCUUUUGGGGUUAUAUGAGAAGAAGUUCAGUCCUAACUGUCUGAUCUGCAAUGAACAUCUUAAGAUAGUUUAUAGUUUAUUUUAGUAUUGUGUAAUUUGAACCUUCCGAUCUAAUCUUGGUCCAAAUUUUUAGCACAUGCCUAAUCCUGGUCUGAAUUUUUAGCACAUGCCUAAUUGGAGUGUUGGCGGACAAAGACUUACUUGUUCAACACUCACCAUCAAGUUUAACUUGAUCAGUUGCUUUAGUAGUCCAAUUGUGACUUUGGUUUCAUA